UGGUCAGGAUGGGGAGGUUGCAGGGACAGAGACUGAAUCGGGCCUUCAGGGACCAGCUGGCUGCCUGAGGCAUGGGACCCUGUGCAGUCUGUGGUUCCGGGAAUGAAGGGUGUGGCAGCACAGCCUUUACUGAAGUUUCUUUCUUUGGAAUGGACCAUGAGCCACUUUUUUGUUUAUUUCCCCCACCCUCACCCCCACCCCCACUUUUUAAUGACGAUACAAGUUUUUGAUGCAGGGAAGGGUUAGUUCUAACCCCCAGAAAUCUUGGAAUAUGGGGAAUUUGCCUGGAGAUGAACUGUCUCCCCGAGAAGCCCCUGCACAGGGUAAACCUCCCCUCGAAGGAGAAGAAACUGCUUACAGUCGGGAAUGCUCAUUUCCUCCUUGCGCCGUCCACUUCCCCGCCUGCCCCACUUCCUUCCUGUCCGCAGUGCCUGCUGUCAAAGCUUAGCUGGGAUCCUAGCGUUAAAAACACACCUGGUUCUGCCCGGGCUGAAGCAGGCAGAUGGCCCUGCCGUGGUGCUCAGGUCUAGGGAGAAGGAGCAGAAACCACCCAGCAGGCCCACCAGGUGGGCAGGUCACGAGCCUGGGCUGGUGCAGUUGGUGAACUACUACAGGGGAGCGGACAAACUGUGUCGCAAAGCUUCUUUAGUGAAGCUCAUCAAGACGAGCCCAGAGCUGGCCGAGUCCUGCACAUGGUUCCCCGAGUCCUAUGUGAUCUACCCCACUAACCUCAAGACCCCAGCUGCUCCCGCACAGAACGGAAUCCACCCGCCGAUCCCUAGCUCAAGGACGGACGAAAGGGAAUUCUUCCUGGCUUCUUAUAACAAAAAGAAGGAAGACGGAGAGGGCAAUGUUUGGAUUGCAAAGUCAUCCUCCGGUGCCAAAGGUGAAGGCAUCCUCAUCUCCUCGGACGCUGCCGAACUUCUGGAUUUCAUAGACAACCAGGGCCAGGUGCACGUGAUCCAGAAAUACCUCGAGCGCCCUCUGCUGCUGGAGCCGGGGCAUCGCAAGUUCGACAUUAGAAGCUGGGUUUUGGUGGAUCACCAGUACAAUAUCUACCUCUACCGAGAGGGCGUGCUGCGGACUGCGUCAGAACCGUAUCAUGUUGAUAAUUUUCAAGACAAGACCUGCCACUUGACCAAUCACUGCAUUCAAAAGGAAUAUUCAAAGAACUAUGGGAAGUAUGAAGAAGGGAAUGAAAUGUUCUUUGAGGAGUUCAAUCAGUACCUGACCAGUGCUUUGAACAUUACCCUGGAGAAUGCUAUCUUAGUACAAAUCAAACAUAUCAUAAGGAGCUGCCUCCUGAGCGUGGAGCCCGCCAUCAGCACCCGGCACCUCCCUUACCAGAGCUUCCAGCUGUUUGGCUUCGACUUCAUGGUGGACGAGGAGCUGAAGGUCUGGCUCAUCGAGGUCAACGGUGCCCCUGCUUGUGCUCAGAAACUCUAUGCAGAACUGUGCCAGGGCAUCGUGGACAUAGCCAUAUCCAGCGUCUUCCCGCCCCCCGACGCCGAGCAGCAGCAGAGCCAGCCGGCCGCGUUCAUCAGGCUGUGACCGGAGACGUGCGGGUCCUGCUCCAGGAGAGAUGCCCCAUGGCUCCACGCGAAGCCACAGUGAGAAAGAGGCAGCUCGCAAGGCUGUGAUGGAGGAGGGAGUGCGAGAGCGAAGGUGCCCCCAAGGGGCUCCGGGUGGAGCUCUCUGCACUGCUACCCAGACUUGAAAACUGCAACGAAUUUCCCCGAGGGGAGAGCAAGACGUUCUUCUAAGGGGAAAACACAGGGAUUCGGUUGUCGUCCUUGAAAGCAGCAGAUUGCUAUGCUAAGGCCGUCCCUGAAAGCAGCGCCUCUCCUCUCGGGGCCACCGGACCUGUGUGUGCUCUCCCUCUGCUGCAGCCCUCGUGCCUUAGCUCAGUGCCCAGCUGCAACCUCUGUCCUGCGGGGACUGAUGCUAGAGCGUUUGGGAGGUCGCCCUGUGUCCCUGCUCGUCCCCCCGGACACUCUGCCUGUGAGACUCUGGACCGGCAUGCGCCGCGGCCCUCGGUUCCGUGCUGUGCGCUGCCUCGCAGGGCAGGGCGCUGUCCUCAUCCCGCUCCUGAAGGCACUGGGUCAGUCUCCGGUCGGGGUGGGUGUGGGCUGGGCACCAAUAUAGCAAACGCUGCUGUCAGUCUGCUCUCUGCAUGUUUUAGAAACCGAGCAGCAAGUUUGCCACAAGCCUGCAAGCAUCAAAAAGCAUGAGAGAAAAAA